AUGGAUUCAUUGCUUCAUUUCACGGUAGCAAUGAAGGAUUUGCGAGUAACGAACGACGGGACAGAAUUCAUAUACCCAGCAACAUGGGUUGGAGAUCAGAGACUGUUAUACAGAGCAGCAGAGAGAAAAGAGUUGGAAAGAUCACUUGGUCUUGAUCCUCCUUCAUUGAAUACCAGUCGAGGACUUAGCAAUGUUAAUGAGCCUGUUGUUGCAUUUGGGCCUCCUGGUACCACCGGCGAGCUUAAUGUUAGCGUUAUUGUUUCACCAGUUUCUCUUGAUUUCAAAAUUGAGGCAUUUGGAAGACCGAAUGAGGUUGGAGAAACUAUAGUUAGAACCAUCACAGGAUCUGGUAAACGACCUGAAGUGAAAGGAACUUCGGUAAAGUCGAAUUUGAGAGAGGAUUCGUUAAGAAAUAUAGCUUACUAUGAGCUGGAAUUCAGGGUCGAGAGUCCUUCGUUUCGCAGGCAUAAUGUUGCGGUUUGUUGUGUUCGGAAUGGUAGAUUGUUUACUCUGAAUGCUCAGGCACCGGAAUCUGCUUGGCCGGAAGUGAAGUUAGAAUUUCAGAGAAUUGCUCAAUCCUUUUAGUCUGACCUCUUGAUACUACGAAUAACUUUGCUUUGCUUUAAUACUGUUCUGCCAUUUUGCCUACAAACAAUGGUCUCUAGGUCCCCAAUAAUUUUUCAUUAUUGCUUGUUUAAGAAUGAAACGGCUAUCCUAUGUAAACAAGAACAAAAAAAAAACAAAAAGAAGCACAUUCUAGUAUAUAAA